AUGGCACUUGAGUGGGUUGUCCUUGGCUACGCUGCCGGCGCAGAAGCGAUCAUGGUCCUUCUCCUUACGAUCCCAGGCCUCGAUGGACUCCGUAGGGGACUGAUCGCUGUCACUCGUAAUCUCCUCAAGCCGUUCCUGUCGGUGGUGCCGUUUUGUCUGUUCCUUCUUAUGGAUAUUUACUGGAAAUACGAGACGCGCCCGAGCUGCGAGGCAGAUUCCUGCACGCCGUCUGAGCACCUCCGCCACCAGAAAUCCAUCAUGAAGAGUCAGAGGAACGCGCUUCUAAUUGCAACGGCACUUGUCUUUUACUGGUUGCUUUAUUCAGUUACAAAUCUAGUGGUCAAGAUCGAGCAGUUGAAUCAGCGUAUCGAGAGGCUCAAGAACAAGGAUUGA